AUGGCGCCAAUCAAACAUUGUUUCGCCUCGGCAGCUGCUGGGAUCCUCGCCGUCCUGCUAAUGGGGUCGACGCUCGCUCUCGUGGCGGCUCAGCAGGGUGGCGCGGUGCCCCAACAAACCCUGCGUAUCGCCCGGGUUAACAUAACCAAUGCGUGUGUGGUCCCCGUGCGGAUCCAACUGGGCAGCAACCAAGCCAACAAUGACUUCUGGCAAACUUACGACCCGGCCACCAAUACGACCACCCCGGCGAAUGGCACGUAUGACAUUCCGGUCGGCGGAUCGCAGGGGAACCUGCUCCUGGUGAAAAUCGACGGUGCGCGAGCGCUCCCAAACAGCAGCUUCUCCAUUGGUGCUUUCGCCCCCACUGACGGUCCUGCCCCCAAUCUAAUCGACACGAUCGCCAUACGCAGCCAGCUUGGGACAACGCCUGGGACACUGCCCGAGAGCUCCCCUUUCAACGGGGGCGCACCCGGCGCCCCCCCGCCGCCCGGCAUUUUCUCCUUCAACCCGGUGACAACCAACACUUCCUCCUCCACUGUUGCUCCGGUCGAGAUUGCGGUGGCAGUGAUCUGCGCCGGGUUACUGCCCCCCUUAUCAACAGCAUUGCCAGAGCCGUUUCCGGUGCUGCCCUAUCGGGCCAUCCCGUGCACUCAACCGGCCGGCAGCGAGUGUCUCAACAUCCCACCCCCUUCUUCCCCUUCAUCCGUGGACCGCCCUGCCUCUGCGAAUCGUACGUGGGCGGCGACCCUGCGCUCGGCAAUGCUACCUGCCAUUCUAACGUCGUCGAUUGCCGCGCUUGCCGACGGUGCCUCACCGACCGCAACUGCCCCCGCCAAACGUACAGCUGCGUCGGCGUCUGCCGCGGAGUGCGCUACAGUUUCCCAGGGUCCUCUGUAG